GCAGCCAUCAGCUGUUAUAUGUCAAAAAACACCAAAAAACUCCUUUGCUACUGUUUAUCGAUAUAAUUUUAGAGAAUAGUUAGAAUUUCUUGCUAAUUUUAUUGAAAUAAACAAACCAACAUGAGCUCUGGGUUUAUUAGCGAAGCUCAGCUUGCUGAAACACGUAAAAGACGGCAAGAAGAAUGGGAAAAAGUGCGAAAACCCAGCGAUCCCAUAGAACGCCCGGAAGAACCUAUCGACAACCGAAGUUUAUUUGAACGAUUACAAGAACAGAAACAGAAAAAGGAUUUAGAGUAUGAAGAAGCACACAAGCUUAAGAAUAUGAUAAAAGGUUUGGAUGACGACGAAAUAGAGUUUCUAGACCUGGUGGACCGAACAAAAUUAGCAGCAGACAGGAAGAAGGAAAUCGAAGAAGAAAAAGAACUAAACGAUUAUCGAAAUAGGGUUGCCAUUCUUCAAGAGAAAAGUUUAGACGAGCGAUUACAAGCGGAAAUUGCUGUAACCAAACCAAAAGUGACUUCAGGGUCGGGUAAACUGAACCAGCAGAAGCUAUUAAAGGGUGUUGUGAUAAAAAAAUCGGAGUCAGUAAAAAGGAAAAUGAGUGCUGAAGGUAAUAAUGAGGAUAAUGGCGACAAAGAACAGCAGCCUUGUAACAAGCAACAGAAGGUUUCUAGCAAUGUUUCAGCACAAGGGGAUGCGAGUAAUGAUAGUCAGGGUGGUAAUGUUAAUGGAUCGGCUUUAAAAUGUGUUGCAAUUCUUCCAGGUUUGGGUUGUUAUGAUGAUUCGUCUUCUGAUGAAGACAGUUCAGCCUCAGAUAAUUCGGAAAUUGAGAGCCGAUCAAGGAUGGACUUGCUUGGUAGGAAAAUAAUCGAAAUUACAAAAGUUGAAGAGCCAAAAAAGUGAUCGGUAUCAUCUUUCUGUUCUUCUAAAAAGUCUGUUUUUUCGAUGUAAACCACUCUGUAAAUAUUUACUCUUUUAGAUGUAGAAAUUUUUUUAAUGUAUUCAGUUUACAUAAAUCAAUGUUUACAAAAUUAAAAUAAACAGGAAUAGUCGAUUUCCGAAAGUUUAUAUAAAUAUAUUUGUUUUUUUUCCAGGUCAUUGAGAAAUUUUUUCACUGUAUCUAGUUUAUGUAAAUAAAUGUUGGUAAAUUGGUAAAAAAA